UGAUUUAUAAACAAAAAUUGAGCUCGAAAAAUGCCAAUAAUUGUAUCAAAUAUUGAAAGAAAACCGUAGUCUAAACUAUAUAAAUUGCAAAACUGUUUAGUAAAGGAUUUUUGUAAAUUAAAACAAAUAAGCGUCAUGGCAUCAGUUAACGUUCGGGAUCAAAAGAUCGAACAACAACGACAAUUAUUGGAACAGAAGAUGAAACAGAAAAGGCAAAAUUCUGGAAUGGUUCAGGCUAACGAUUUGAGAGUUGGUUCUGCUAAACGUCCUAUAUCUGGAAGUCGUUCUCGUGAACUUCAUGGGUAUGAUGGUCCGAUGCAAUUUCUUAUGUCGCCAGUUAAUCCCGAUCAAGUUAUUCCCCUCCAAACAAAUAGAAUAUCCACCUAUGAUGAAUUAGGAAAUCAAAUUGAAGUCCUAACGGUGGGAGAUGAUGUCGGGGAAGGGAGUGGCGAAGAGGAAGGAGAAAGCGUUCCUGUAUGCAGCAUGGGACGAGAUGCGAGUACCGACGAUGUGUGCGCUGAUGCAGCCGUUGCUCCACUCCAAGACCGUCCUUGUAGAGAUGUUUCACCAAGCCAGACGGCAGAGAUUGAAGGUUCCGUCGAAGGUUCCGUAGAGACGUUUGUAAUAACUCCAGCGAAACACGGAACAUUGUACAAGUGUCGUAUCGCACGCGAUAGAAAGGGAAUGGACCGAGGGCUGUAUCCGACGUACUUCUUGCAUCUCGAAAAAGAUUAUGGGAAGAAAGUGUUCCUGUUAGCUGGUCGAAAGCGUAAAAAGUCAGCGACUUCGAACUACCUUAUAUCGACGGAUCCGACCGAACUAACACGGCAAGCAGACAGUUUCGCUGGAAAACUAAGAUCGAAUCUCCUCGGCACUGCUUUCACGGUCUACGACAACGGUAAGGCCUGGCGGAAGAACCAUCGUGACCCGCCUCGACACGAACUUGCCGCUGUUGUUUAUGACACAAACGUAUUGGGCUUCAAAGGGCCUCGCAAGAUGACGGUCAUCUUACCGGGGAUGACACCUGACCGUCAAAGAGUUACAAUAGCACCGCAAGACGACAGCGAAUCGCUCCUCGAGCGAUGGAAAAGCCAAAACUUCGACGAUAUAGUUGUAUUACACAACAAAACACCUGUUUGGAAUGAUGAGACACAGUCAUACGUAUUGAACUUCCACGGACGCGUUACACAGGCAAGUGUGAAAAACUUUCAAAUCGUACACGACUCGGAACCGGAUUAUGUAGUAAUGCAAUUCGGUAGGAUCUCCGAGGACGUGUUCACCAUGGACUUCAGGUACCCAAUUUGUGCGUUACAAGCGUUCGGUAUUGCGCUCAGUUCGUUUGAUAGUAAAUUGGCAUGCGAAUAAAAUUUAUUCUUAUCUGUGUUUA